UGGAGAAAAAGCUCGAUAGUAUUCUGCAACUCUUGACGAGAAGUGGGUUUUUAUUGCAAUUUACGAUGACAUGUGCUGGUAGCUUCGUUACACUUUUCCUGUGUGUUUCUCUACCAUACACUUCAGUGGGGUUUGCCGCGGAACUUGGUGAACUGUACGCGAAAGAGUUGUCGGCAGUCAAGUUGUUCUUUUAUUCCAACACGCUCCCAACCGAGAUUGAGCUGGAGGAGGGAAAACCGCUGGAGCAGUACAACCGGUCCCGGUCCUUAAAGCUGGUAAUUCACGGCUGGAACUCGGACCGCAACCAAAUCGCCAUCGUGCCCGUUCGGAACGCUUACCUGGUGCAGGACCGCCACAACCUGCUGAUGGCCGAUUGGUCCACCGUUGCAGGUCUCUCGUACGGGGCGGCCCGCGAGCUAACGCGACCGAUUGGCGAACGGAUUGGGUCGAUUUUGGCCGGAUUCCUGCACGCAAUGGACAUCCCGGUCGGGCGCGUUCACGUGGUUGGCCACAGCCUCGGGGCGCACAUUGCGGGCCACGUGGGCAGACGAUUCGGUGGGGCGCUGGCCAGACUCACCCUCCUAGACCCAGCUGGGGUCCUGUUUUCGCGCCUUUCGGUGGACGCCUACAACAGCGGAGACGCUCAGUUCGUUGACGCCAUCCACACCGAUGGAUCGGUCCUGGGCGAAACCAUACCCCGGGCCCACGUAGACUUUUACCCGAACGGUGGCACCGGAAGCCAACCCGGCUGUGAACUGCUGGACACGUUAACUUUACAUGCUUGCAGUCACUACCGUUCGACCGGAUUCUAUGCGGAGUCCAUUCUGCUUCCUGGAAACUUUUUGGCUCAGCAGUGCAAAGUGGACCGAGCUGUGCUGCCCUUGGUGACCGUGGCCUGCACCGUUGCUAAAAAUACUGCAGCAGAAUCUGUUCCGAUGGGGGAGUUUGUCAGCGAAAGCGCCCGUGGAACGUACUAUCUGGAAACGUCCAAUUUCCCGCCGUACGGAUUAGGAAACGCCACAUUCCGACGACGGGGGUCCCCAGUGGCCAGCUAAAUUUAUAGCACUCUGCUCAGCUGAUGUGUGUGUGUGUGUUUGUACUCUAGUGGUAGUGGUGUCUUCAAUACCAAAGCACAAAAAUAUCAAUAGCUUGGUGGUGCCUCAAGAAGUGGAAGCAAGUCGGGGGAGGCACAUGAGGAGCCAGCACGUGGGACUCAACAGCAGAUAAUUUGCUCCCGGAAAAGAAUGAUGACAGUGGAGUUGGGGAAUUCAUUGAAGAGGU